AUGCCAAAAUCAAAACGUGAAGUAGAUGUGUCAUUAACUCGGGUAAAGAAAAAAACGAAGGAAAAGAAGAUCAAGUUGGUUAAUGAAAUACGAAAAUGUGUGGAUACAUACGACCAUUUAUUUCUUUUCAAAAUUGAAAACAUGCGCUCUACUAAAUUUAUUGAAAUUCGGCAAAAAUAUAAGAAUAAUUCACAUUUUUUCUAUGGCAAAAAUAAUGUUAUGGCAAUUGCGCUGGGCAAAACUUCAUCCACAGAAUAUGCGCGCGAAUUGAACAAGAUCAGUGGUUUGUUGAAAGGAGAAUGUGGGUUAAUGUUUACAAAUGAUGAUCAUGAUAGUGUUAAAAAAUAUUUCGAUGAACUGUAUAUGUCAGAUUUUGCUCGAUGUGGUCAAACUGCAAUUAGUACUGUUGAGCUAUGUGAGGGACCGUUAACGCAAUUUCCGUUUUCUCUAGAACCACAGCUCAGGAAGCUUGGCUUGCCAACUAAAUUGGAGAAAGGUAUAGUGACAUUGAUAUCUCAUUACGUUGUUUGCAAAGACGGUGAUAAAUUAACCGCUGAUCAGUGCAGGUUAUUGAAACUUCUUGGUUACAAGAUGUCUACAUUUCAUGUAAAACUUUCUGCUCAUUGGUGCAAGCGCACGGGUUUCACUUACAUUACCUAA